AUGAAAUCGAUUCCUAGAAUAUCUGUGGUCGAAGCUUUAGACCAUCCAUAUGUUCAAGAUUGUCGCGAUCCGGAAGGUGAACCAGUCGCCGACCACCAAGUAGGUAUAGAUGCGGAAGAAGAAUCUGCUACCUUGUUAGAUGAUUGGAGGGAGUUGAUAUGGAAGGAAAUUCAAAAUUUUCGUCUAUGCUCUCGUAGUGGGAACUACUUGAACGAAAAUCCCACAAGAGAUAGUGGAGUUGGAAAAGAACCUUCACAGUUUUUAACUAAGGACGAUGUCGAUGACGAUGUGGUUGUAAGGAUAGUACUUUGA